AUUGUGCAGUGGAGCAGUUUUAAGCAGCAUCUCCGUAGGGUCCAUGACUUUGAAGAGGGGAUGGAGUCCAUGGCUCUAAAGUCAACUGUAGAUCUCACCUGUAACAACCACAUCUCAGUGUUCGAGUUUGACAUCUUCACCAGGCUAUUCCAGCCCUGGAGGUCUCUUCUGAGGAACUGGAACCAGUUGGCAGUGACCCAUCCCGGCUACAUGGCCUUCCUCACCUACGACCAGGUCAAAGCCCGCCUCCAAAACUACCUGCACCAGCCCGGGAGCUACGUCUUCCGUCUGAGCUGCACUCGGAUGGGCCAGUGGGCCAUUGGUCAUGUGACUGGUGAUGGCGACAUCGUACAGACGAUCCCCCAGAAUACACCUCUCUACCAGGCCCUCAUCCAGGGCUUCAGGGAGGGCUGCUAUCUUUACCCUGACGGACGUGAUGUGAACCCAGACCUCACCAGUCUGUGUGAACCAGCACAGAGAAGCAGGGUCAAAGUCACAGAGGACGAGUAUGAGAUGUACUGUGAGAUGGGUAGUACCUUCCAGCUGUGUAAGAGCUGUACAGAGAGAGACAAGGACACACGCAUCCAGCCCUGCGGACACCUGCUGUGCCAACCCUGCCUCACGGGAUGGCAGAAGUCGGAUGGACACACCUGCCCUUACUGUCGCUGUGACAUCAGAGGGACAGAGUCAAUCCUGGUGGAGCCUUACCUGUCUGUCAGCGAGGAAGAGGAAGAGGAAGAUGACCUGGAGGAUGUACAGCUAGUCAUGAAAAACCUGGCCUAUAUGAAGAGGAUGUCGUCUGAAGAAUACCAGUUCCCCAGCUCUCGCCUCGUUCCACCCCUCCCUCCCAAACAGAGCACCUCCUCCCACUGCCCUUCCCCACAAGCCCCCUUACAGCCCUCUGUGCCCGAUAUACUGGCCAAAUACUCCCACUCUAACUCGCGUUCUGCUCACAGUGACACCCCCUCAGACAGAGCGCUCACACACCACACUGCCAGCACUAACAGGUGAGCUCUAAAUGCAUACUGCAGUGGAUGGAUAACUGCAUUUUAGGCUUUUAAGACAUAUGGAAGAUGUCUGUCAGAAAGAAGAUAAUUGUGUACUGUAGCCUACAUCCUAAAGAAGCUCAGGAGAUAGACAAAUAAAAUAGGGCAAUGUGACCAAUGUUAGCUCACUGUUUGUUCCUCCCUAGGUCUGAUGUUUACUGGCCGUAGCCAUACAGUUUUCUGAAUACAUUUUUUUAUAAACACUUUUGGUUUGUAUGGUUUGCUCAAUAACCUGAAACCUCACCACUUUGUGUGUGACUUAAUGUUACACAACUAAAUAUAAAUAAUAAUUAAUAAUAAUAAUUUAUAUAACAUAACAAGUUCAA